AUGGCCGCUCAGACCUGCUCCGAUCGUCAGAUACCUGAUCAUUUUUCGUACCCGAACCCUUCGUUGGGCGACACGGCUGGGUUCGCCGCCUCCAACCUACCUUCCCAACCCGUCGAGCAUUCCUUGGUUUCCAUGCGUGAAAACCGAAUUCGUAAGGUCUUGAUUGUCAUCAGUCUGCUCUUGGGCCUUUUCCUCGCUACUCUGGACACCUCCAUCAUUGCCACUUCUCUCAUCACUAUCUCUGAAGAGUUCGACGAUUACGGCAAUGCUCCCUGGGUUCUACUGGCCUAUCUUCUCACCUACAUGGGCUGCGCUGUCGGCAUCGCCAAGUUCAGUGACAUCUAUGGCCGCCGGACCCUCUUGUUUUACAGCUGGACCGUCUUCCUGCUCUUCUCCCUCUUGUGCGCUGCCGCUACCAGCAUGCCGAUGUUGAUCGUCGGCCGCGCUCUCCAGGGCAUCGGAGGCUCGGGUCUCUAUAGCCUCGCCCAGACCUGUCUUCUCGAGCAUGGUCCCGCCGACAACCCGCCCCUCAUGGGUGCCCUCAUCGGAGUCACCCUCGCCGUCGCCUUUCUUUUGGGUCCAGUUCUGGGAGGCGCCAUUGUCUCCAAGAUCACCUGGAGAUGGAUCUUUGGCAUUAACAUCCCUCUCGGCAUUGCCGCCAUGUUUUGCAUUGCGUUGUGUUAUCCUAGAGACCGUCGUGUAUUUACGGUAUUUUCCUUAAGGGGUUUGAAAAAAAUCGACUUUUCCGGCAUGAUCACCCUCUUUGCGGCUUCCGUCUUCCUUGUGUUUGCCGUCGAGCGCGGCGGCUCUCCUCUCUACGGCUGGAACCACCCUAGCGUCAUCACCAGCUUCGUCGUUUCAGGAGUUAACUGGGUUCUUUUCGGAAUCAGCGAAACCUAUCUCUUUGUCAAAUACUGCCAGUAUCCUGACCACGUUGGUUGCGUUCACAUCGAACCCGUCUUUCCCGUCCAACUGGCUCGGCGGCGUCCCUUCAUGGGCGGUUUGGCUGUCACUUUCUUGACUGGGCUCCCAUACGUGGCUUUGACUGUCAUCAUUCCGGAGCGCAUGCAGGUCAUCGAGCAAGAAACACCCCUCCGAUCAAGUCUCUACCUUCUUCCCAUGCUGGGCGCCUGUGCAUUGGGGUCAUUCCUCGCCGGAGCAAUCUGCUCCAGAUCCAACAACUCCGCUCUUGUCAUGAUUGUCGCCUCGGUGGCGCAGCUGAUUGGUAUCAGCCUGAUGCUCAUCGUUUCGUCCGUCGGCUCCUCGUUUGUUCCUGCCUACGGGUUCACGUCCAUUUUCGGACUCGGUGUCGGUCUUGUCUUCGGCUCCGCUACCAUACUCUCCGGGGUGGAGACCGACUCCACCCAGGACCAUGCCGUCGCCCAAGGAGCCCUGGCUCAAGCCCGUGCUCUCGGCAGCUGCCUUGGCGUCGCCGUCUGCACUGCUCUCUUCAACAAGCGUCUCGAUGCCUUGAACAGGCACCUUCCCAAGGAACAACUCGCCGUCCUUUACCAAACGCCUACAGCAUCUUCUCAUUGGAACGAAAACCUGCUGCACCUUGUCCAAAGCGUCUAUGCCAUUGCAUUCAGAGACCAGAUCAUCUUCAUGAUCAUUGCCUGCUCUCUCAUGGUGGCCGCCGCGGUCUUCACCUGGGAGAAUUCGCCAAAACCCAUCACUUGCCUUGCCAGUCAUGUUCUAAUAGCCGAUAAGACGAGCCGGCGGCGCGGAACCGACAACGAUGGCACUGAGAUGAGCGAUAUGGGUAGUGUCCGAUCCGUCUAA